AUGCUCAUCGACGGUGAGAAGUAUGCUUGUGAUGCUUGCGUCCGGGGUCACCGAGUCAGCAGCUGUCACCACAGUGACCGCCAAUUGACCCAUAUCAACAAAAAAGGCCGCCCAGUCUCUCAAUGCACCCACUGCCGCGGCCUACGCAAGUCUCGGACCACACACACCCAGUGUGAUUGCGGCGACAAGAAAAAGAAGGACGACUCUCAUUCCGGCCGCUGUGGCUGCUCUCAUGGCCAACGCUGCACUUGUGCGCUCAAGAAGGAACACCUAGAUACUGUGCCCGAAACCGGUCUUCCCUUCACUCCCCCGCAGCCAGCUGAACACUCGCGGAAACCGCCUCUUACGUCUACCAAAUCGGAAUCAACGCUUACGAUUUUCCGCGACGGCCAUCAUAAACCCGCCCACAAGCAUAAUGACAUGGCACACAAAUGUGGAUUGCCCUAUACGAUCCCGCGAUCGCAUAGCGUCCACCACCCAUCGGACUUACCCCGUCGGUCUGUAGACCAUUUGCCGCUCAGUCAGUCGACCUUCGUGAAGGAGCCCCUCUCCCUGUCCGAAUUCCCCAAGUCACAACAAACGUCGCAAAGAAGUUCUCCCAUCAGUGCGCCUGUUCCGGGGAUUGAGAAUGAUGUGAACGCUACUCCUGUCGAACACUCUUAUCUCGAUAACUUCGCUCCACUCCCACCGCCCGCUCCAUCAAUAGACCGGACCCACGAUGGGCUGUCGAUGCCGACUUCUGCUCCUGCCCCAAUGGACAAAUACCCUCUCGAGCAAAUUGUGACUAGUGUGCCUCCGCUGGACGUCUCUUCCUUCGCCUCGUUCCCCACUACAAGCACCAAUUCUCCGGUCACUUGUAUGGCAUUCCAUGAACCUUACCAGGAGUGUUAUUUCACCUCUCCGGAUUCCGAGAUGCCUCUGGGAUCUGCGGGCCUCGGUGCACCAUCGGUCGACUGGUCAAGUUUCCCUCUGUACUCUGACAUGCCUACUGCAACCAGCACACAAGCCCCCUCAUACGCCAGCUUUGAAUACAACGCAUACCCCAGCGGUCUCCCAGCGCCAUCGUCCUCGGGGGAGAUCUCCGAGGCCGAUGAGUUUGGGCCGCUUCCCGGGUUGGGCCAUGCCAGCAAUGAUAUGCACGAUCUGCACAGCGUGAGUGAAGCGUCCGACAUGGAUCAUCUGCGCGUCAGUUCUGCAUCCUCAUUGGUCGGUCUCCCCCAGGCGCGUCUUCUCUCGUCCAAUGACUUGGAAUCGAUCAACAUCGAUGACUUCCUCAAGUCGGCCAAUGAGUCCACCGCUGCGCUCGAGCACCAGCUGCACGCCAGUAUGGGCAUGGAUGGGAAACCGCUGCCUGUGCAGGAUCUCUACGCCAUGUCGCAGAUCCCGGGGUACAAGCCCAUGAGCUCGAUUCCCAUGACCAGCGGUCCGUCGCCGCCAUCGGAAGUUCCCAUCUGGCCUGGCGGUCUUUUCGGUGCCGAUGCCAAUCCGCCUCUGGACGACGGCUUCUUCCAACAGUCUUGGGCUUAG